AUUUGCAUUUCUUAUAAACCUAAUCAACCUAUUUCUAAACAAUCAAGAAAAUUUGAAAGACUUGUGCACAGCAUAUCAUGGAUGGUUUAAUGCUGGCGGAAUGGACAGAAUUAUGGGGAGCAAAAAGCGGCGCCUUCAAUUGUUCCACCGCAACCUACGAUGUCGGAAACAUUGUGGACAACUGCAUUAACAGAUCCUGCGCAGUUAACGUUGCUGUAACAAGCCCGCAAGCUCCUUUUACUGUUCGGGAAGAAGUUGCUACGAUGGACUCUUGUUACGGAUCCGGUGCGCAAAUUGUUAAUGUUACACAGUACGCGUGGGGCGGCGUAUUGAUUCUGGCACUAGAAGCGAUUUGCUUCUCAUUAAAAAUUCGGUGUAAAUUAUACGAAACCGCAGACGAUGAUGCCGCUGUGAUCACGCAUAAUGCUGUGCUGGAGGAUGUGCUGGAUGGGAGCGCAGAUGUUGGCGUCGGAGGGCUGGUGAUGACGAUGUCCCGAUAUAUGUCCAAUAAUUAUUCUGUUAUUGACUCCACCGUGAAGAAAAGUUAUUCCUUAGUGAUUCACAAGAAAUUCCUCAUCGAGGGUCAUAAUGAUAUGGAACGAAUUUUGGACGAGUUUUCUUUGGGGACAUGGUUAGCAGCUGCCGCAUUGUCCGUCAUACUUGGGUUGAUAUUGGCAGUAUUUGUGGCCUUUCGCAAUCGGGUGGCAGGAAUAUCGUCCACCUGGUUAAAGUGUUUAUCCUGGUCAUUUCUUCACAUCCUCCUCUCCGAUUUUGAUUGCGAAAACCAGAGAAAAUACUCCAGAGCGUUCAGCAUGGGACGAAGAUUAUUAAUUGUUACAAUACUUAUCUAUACGCUCCUUUUCCAAAGUGUAGUGUUAUCCACAUUACCGGCAAUUCUGGCUGUGAGCACGAGCGCAAAGUUGCCCUUUUCGACAACAGAAGAAUUUCUGAAUUCCAGUUUUGAAUUAUGGGGGAGCGACGUUGUUAAGGAGGUUCUGAUGACAAGCAGCACCAGACGUUUCCGUUUGCUUGGGUCAAAAAUGAAAACGGAAAUAGACAAUAACGAUCUGUAUAUGUCGGCAGUUUCUCCGGAAGGAAAGCGCCGUGCUUAUCUAAUGAAUGUAAUGGAUAAAUUGGCUCUUUCUGAAUUAUCCUGCGACUUUGUGGAAGUAAUAUCUGAUGUUGUCAGUGCGCCGGUGGGAUCUUUCUGGUUCCGUAAAGAUCAUCCAUUGUACUCCAAAUUUCUAAAAAGGUUUCGUUGGCUUUCAGUGACCGGGAUCGUAGAUUUUGAUUUAGGUUAUUACACAGAAUUUGCGUACGAUAAACUUCGCGCUGAACGCAAGACGCGUAGUUGCGUGGCGCAUAAAAUGGGCUCACAAGGUCGACGUCAGCUGACCAUGAAAGGCAUUACUGUCGCCGAUUUCCACGCUCCUCUUACUGCAUUGCUGUUUUGUUGGUUGACCGGACUAUUUGUAAUGAUUAUGGAAAAGCUACAUUGGUACUGGAGAUGCUCAAGGAGAAUGUAA